CUGUCCACCAAUCAGGGCUGUGUAUGUAAAUAUAUUUUAAUUUGUAUCAACAUGCCCAGAAGAUCAGACUGAGCAUUUCAAUGGCAAAAGGAGGCUCAGGGAAAUAAAUGAUAACAAAUAUAUUUGAAGUUAUUUUCAUGAAAUAAAAACAUGCAGUGAUUUAUUAAAAAUACUGCAUGGGGGCUUUAACAUUAUGGGUUCUGUUUUCAGCUGGCGAUUAGAGGCCCAAGUGUCAAAUACACAUUAGUUUGGAAUUGUAAGAGCAUGAGCGCUGGCAUUUUCCAGCCCCAACGCCAGGUUCAGCUAUGUACCUGUCUAACAUCUGUGUAACAUCAGCUCACUUGUGCUGAGAUGGGAGGGGUGGCAAUAUUGGAGGCGUGUCCUUAAAAACACACAACACUGACAGUUUCAUGCAGCUCUAAAAUGAACGUUUCAGACCCACAAACAGCAGGUCUCCUAGGUAACACAGUUGGUUUAGAGAGUGGAACCACAACCUAUCCAGCCAUGACACACAGUGUCCAUGGUAGAGAGAUGUUCAUUUUGUGCUGGUGAAUCUGGUAUUUACAUACAUCCUACCCUACUCCUAAAUCCUGGCUGGUUUAACACCAUCACAUAGGUGUCUUUUCAUCCUGGCCAUUAGCCCAGUAGCCUAAUAAUAAAGGGGUUUUAAAUGGUCUACUGAGAGUGCCUUGAAAUAUUAGCCUUAAUGUUUUUUCAUUAUUCACAAUUCACAUACCAGCAUACUUAAUUUUCCUCAUUUUGAAUAAGCUAUCCAGCCCCAACUCCAGCUCCAAACUAUUCCAUCCUCCUAUAAUGCCAUCAACUAUUGAUAGGAGCCUAGUAUUUUGCAAAGAAGUGCAAAUGUUGUGUAAAGACAUUUAGGGGUGUGCACAGAGAAGUGAUUUUAUGAGUUGAUGUUUCUGACCCAAAUCCUAUUUAGAAAUAUUGUUGUUGGUUUAACAAGUAGAUUGUUUUUUUGUUUAAUACCGAGAUGAGAUCCUGAGGCCCAUUGUCUUGCCAUUCAUUCACCACUGUCACCUCAUGUUUCAGCAUGAUAAUGCAUGACGCAAGGACCUGUACACAAUUACUGGAAGCUGAAAAUGUCACAGUUCUUCCAUGGCCUGCAUGCACACCAGACAUGUCACUCAUUGAGCAUGUUUGGGAUGCUCUGGAUCAAUGUGUAUGACAGCUUGUUCAAGUUCUCGCCAAUAUCCAGCGACUUCAUACAGCUAUUGAGGAGGAGUGGGACAACGUUCCACAGGCCACAAUCAACAUCCUAAUCAACUCUAUGCGAAGGAGAUGUUGCUCUGCAUGAGGCAAAUGGUGGUCACACCAGAUACGGACUGGUUUUCUGAUCCACACUCCUACCUUUUCUUAAAGGUUUCUGUGACCAACCGAUGCAUAUCUGUAUUUCCAGUUGUGAAAUCCAAAGAUUAGGGCCGAAUGAAUGUUUUUCAGUCUACUGAUUUCCUUUUGAGUAUAAUUUUAGAAAUGAUUGCUUCUACCAUUUAUAUUUUUGUUCAGUGUAUUAAAGUAAGGUACCCAAUUGUUACCCAGUAAAUGGUUUGAUAUUGAUAUCAAAACGGCUGCAUUAGGCCUUUAAACAAGUCUUUCAAAAACCAUUUCAAUGCUGUUCCUGAUUCUAAUCCCAUAUCUGUCCAUAUUCCCACAGGAGAGAUCUCCAACCCAGGUUCAGACAGUGAGCCCAGUUCCACAGCAUCAACAAACAAUAAACAACACAGACAGAGGAACUCAAGACAGAAACAUCACCACUGUAUGGACUGCUUCACUAGCUUCUAUGAGCCAGAGGAGUUGAGAAGGCACACUUGUAGGCCCCACCCCUGCUCAGAUUGCAGAGGCAGCUUUAUUUGUAAAAUUCACCUCAAAUCAAAACAGACUCAAAAAAGGAUUAUGACAUACCCGUGUGGUCAAUGUGAGAAGAUAUGUGAAACACCAAGCAAACUCAAGACGCACCAGAUAACUCACACAGGAGAGAAGCCAUACCACUGCACCGUUUGUGGAAAGGGUUGCAGUCAUUCGGAUCAACUGAAGACACACCAGAGAACUCACACAGGAGAGAAGCCUUACCAUUGCUCCCAAUGUGGAAAGAGUUUCAGUCAGUUAUCUACUCUGAGAAAACACCACCUAACUCACACAGGAGAGAAGCCUUACCUCUGCUCUCAUUGUGGGAAGAGUUUCCGUCAGUUAGCCAACCUAAAUGCACACCAGUUAAUUCACACAGGAGAGAAGCCAUACCACUGCUCUCAGUGUGGGAAGGAUUUCAGACAUCCAAGAGACUUAAAGUCACACCAGAGAACUCACACAGGAGAGAAGCCUUUCCACUGCUCCCAAUGUGGAAAGAGUUUCAGUCAGUUGUCAACUCUGAAAAAACACCAGCUAACUCACACAGGAGAGAAGCCUUACCUUUGUUCUCAAUGUGGGAAGAGUUUCACCACGUUAUGUGAAAUGAAGGCACACCAGAUAACUCACACAGGAGAGAAGCCUUACCACUGCUCUCAAUGUGGGGAUAGUUUCAGCAGUUUAUAUUUCCAAAAGAAACACCAGCUGAUUCACACAGGAAAAAAGUCAUUUCACUGCUCCCAAUGUGGGAACAGUUUCAGUCAAUCAUCAACUCUGAAGAUGCACCAGAUAACUCACACAGGAUAAAAGCUGGGUCAUUAAAUCUGAAGACACCAGUUUGCUCACAUAGGGGAUAAGCCUUAACUCUACUAUCAAUGUGGGGGUAGUUCACCAGUUUAUAUUUCCCCCAAAAAACACCAGCUGUGGAAAGGUUCUGUAAUGAAUAAAAUGUUCUGUGUGCAUCUUAUCUGUGGUGUCCUAAACUGGUACUUAUGCAUCUAAGUUUGACUGUGACCUCUCCAGCUUGCUGACAAUAAAGGGUGAUUCAUUUUAA